AGCCGCCAAAGCUAAAUCAACGAGACGAGGUGUAAGAGAGGUGACAAAAGCACUUCGGAAGGGUGAAAAAGGGUAAGCAUUAGUUUUGUAAAAAUAAAAAGAAAAUAUAUCCAUGACCUUUAUCUAGUUCUAUGUCAAGGCUCCUCCUUCACAAUGUUAAGAAACAAAAACAGUAACCUUCCAAAACAGUUUUGAACCUCAAUUUUUGAAGCCCUUUUAAAUAAUGGGGUCCCCUAUAAGCUAGUUAAGAACCUAGACCACUGCCCUGCACACAGUCGCGUAAGUGAGUAAACUAACUGCCAUGACUGAGUGCCUUUAAUAAGGAGAGUGGCAAAGGUUUUUGCCGAAAUGUGGAAUGACAGGUUUUUUGUUGUGAAAUGUGAUUUACAUGGUUAGCCGUGAGCCAGACUGGGUAACUUCUGUCCGUGCAAGAAAUGAGAAUUUAUUUGAGGCCAGUAUGACAAAGUAGUGAGAGAAGUGUGAAUGUGAAGAAGAGCAAUGCUGCAGAUGUAACAAUUUUACAGCAUACAUGUAUUUCCUUCAUUUUUUUACUAUAAAAUAUUGAUUGGUUUUAAAAAAGUCAUGUACCCAAUGAUGAGCUUUCAGACUUUCAAUGGUGAAAUAUUUUUCAAAACGUAGAAAUAGGCUGACGGUUUAAGAAAGGCGUAAAAUACCCGAGACAGAAAACAAAAUCCACACAUCUAAAAACGUUUUUCAAAAUAGUUCUUUACAUGUGAAACGUGAAAUCAAUGGCAGGCUGAUCUAAAUUGUCCUUUUACUAGCCUCUUUAAGAAGAAGUACAUUGUUGACCUUUGCUAUGUGAUCAAUGUUUUAGUAGCAGUUGUACUGUAGUGUUCUGUAUAGUGUACAUGUAUGUUCAAAGAGGCUGAGGAAUCUUCUAUAUGUAUAUAGUUAUUUCAGUUAUGUUUGGAUCAGUUUCUCUUAGAUAUAAAAAACCUCUCUGUUUAGAAUUGUUGUUUUGGCUGGUGAUGUCACCCCUAUUGAUGUGUAUUCACAUCUACCAGUCAUGUGUGAAGACAGAAAUUUACCAUAUUGUUAUGUACCAUCAAGAUUGGUAAGUCAAUAAUAUAUCAUUUAAGCACCCUGCACCAGUACAAGGCAGCCGAAGACCCUUAAAUCCCAGCAUUUGUAAGUAAACAUCUUUAUAGGCUUAAAUUGUGAUAAUAUUGAUUAUUGAUUUGAUGAUCCAUCUUUGGUUCAAAAAUACAAUGGAUUUACAACAAUGACAAAUUGCAUGCAAUUAUACCAGAAAUUUAUAUAUGUACAAUUUUGUAAAAUAUUACAUAUCUAGAAAUUUAUAAAAAAUUAUAAAAGGUUUGUAAGCUAAUUUAAGUUUUGUGCAGUCCCUUGUCUCAUCACUUGGGGUAAAACUGUUUCUGUGUUCUUCUGUACCAGAAAACAGGGUCUUAGCUACAGGGCCGUGUUGGCCGUGUUAUCGCGGCCAAAAUUGGAAAAACACGGCUAGAUAAAAUGAACGCGGCUUCAUUAUCUUAUAUGAGGCCGCGUAGGUUCACGGUAAAAUAAGGUGGUGCUACAGUACUUACAACAGACAGAAUUUCUUCCAAUAUACGUCGUAAGAAAGUUUGUAAAAUCUACUGUUGUUGUUGAAAUUGGCAAAAGUGAUCCGUGAUGUUUUGAUGGAUAAUGGGAACUGUAUGGUGUUAAAAUGGUUUUAAAUACCCCCAAGAGUUGCUGAACUUAAUAUUCUAAUGUCAGUGCGCAAUAUGAGCGUAUGCACGCCUUGUAAUUGGUUGCAAAGCAUAAAACAACCACAGGCAUUGUCUGUUUUUGGCAAGCAUAACUAGAACCGUGAACUUGGCUAUGCAAGGUAAUUGCAUGUGCACACCCUGGCCAUUAGAAACACGCCCAAGAUCUAAAAUCCUAGCUAAGACCCUGCCAGAAAAUAUGUAUUUAUUAAUUGACCAAUAAACAUGCACACACCUCAAAUAUGGGAAACCCUGAGAAGUACCAAACCGUAGUAUAUUAAGACUACUGUACGUUCACACAACACCGAACGCAAUAAAUGUCGGUGCGAAAUAUGAGCGUAUGCUCGCCUUGUAUUUGGUUGCAAAGCAUUGAACAACCGCACCCAUUGUAUAUUGUUGGAGAGCGUGGUUUUGGCUAUUCAGGGUAAUUGGCAUGUUCAAACCCUGGAAAUUUAGAAACAUGCUCAAGAUCUUAAAUCCUAGCUAAGACCUGGUCAGUAUACUGUACCUCCAUUACUACAUGAACACUUUUCACUUAUUUUGGUCCAGAAUUUCGUCGUACUAUACUAGUUCAUGACAAUUGGAACACAAUAUAUCAGUAAUGUAUCCGUUUUAUUGCAUGGUUACAAUUAUUUCCCUAUGUAGGAUCUGGGUGUGGCUGUUAAUUCAAAGAGACCCACUUGUGCUGUGAUGAUCCGAUGUCAUGACGAUAUUAAAGAUAAAUACGAGAAGUGCUUUACUGAAGUAAAAUCGUUACCAUUGCCUUUUUAAAAUGCUGACAUAAACGAAUGAAAUGAAUAUGUAAAUAUUUCUUUUACUGUCAUUUGCAAUCAAAUGCGCCGCGCGCCGAAUUAUUGAGUUCUUUGCUAGCAGUCAAAGUCACCUUCACCUCUUCUCAAACGUUUUGUUGGGUAAUGUCAAAUUUAAUUUAUUUUAAUUUGAAACAAUCUUUUGUGAGGAAGCCUUAUCAUGAAAGAUGGUUUUCAUAAGGGUACUCAAAUAAGAAGGAAAUAAUUAUUUACAUAAAAUACUAACUAUAAUUAUUGCUAUCUUUACUCCAAACAGUAUACAGCAUGCAACAAGAUUACGAAAAAAUUAAUAAUUAAUUAGAAAUCCCAAGAAAAUUCAAAAAGUUAGUUAAAUGGUUAAUUAAGUCCACACUUAAAACACUAAGAUAACAAGUUAUUCAUAACAUACUGAGUCUGAGACAUGGUUGUUGGACUAAAAGCUAAAAAGCUACUAGAAUCUUUAACAAAUGGCGGACGAUUAUUCCAUUCAUUAAAAAACAUAUAGUGCGAUGUUUGUUGUCCCCAAUUGGUUCUACGAAGCGGGAGUCUUAUUAACUGUAUCAUGACAGUGUAAAUCACUUCCUUUAGUUUCUUCCAUGAUUAAUGUCAACAUUAUUUGUUUUUCAUUAUUAUCAAAGUUUGACUGUAGUACUGUAAGUCAACGUUUAAUAUCAUAUUUUUGACAAUAAAUAUGCAAAUGAAAAUUCUAUGCAUGUAACAAAGAGUGUAACGAAUGUACUUACAUCAAGCUAUUAAUCAGGUUUAAAAUAAGCAUGCGUGGACUAUUGUCGAAUGUAAAUAAAGAAAACUGUGACAAACGUGUUCCUGCAUUUAUUUCUUCCAAACUGGACUACUGUAUAACCGUAUUCUUGUGCAGGGCCUUCCUGAUAAAGAAAUAAAUAAGGUAUAACAGAACUUUCAACGUCAUAUAAGCCUGCGCGUUCAUCGAGGUCAGAAAAUCAACACUUAUUUUCGAUCCCCAAAUCAAAGAAAAAGAACUACGGAGACGGGGCAUUUGCUGUCGUAUGUGCUGAGCUUUGGAACUCUCUGCCAGUUUCUACUCGCACAGCAAAUUCUUUACGCACUUUUAAAUCAUUAUUGAAAACUUACCUUUUUAAUUUAAGAAACAUUUUUAGCGAAUAUAUACAAAUCUUAAAUUAUAGUAUUUAGAACUGUUUAUAAACACAUAUAUUUAGAAUAAUUUUUCUUGUAGAUAUAUUGAGAUGUAUGUAAAGAAUUGAAACUUUGUACAAUGCCAUAAGAAUAACAUUAUAACUUACAGUAAUAUUGAUUUGUUGGUGGAUACUAUCUGAACUAUUGACUAUUGCAAUUCUUACAAAUAUUUUUCGUUUAAUGCUAUUGAAUUGCUUUAAAGUUCAAUUCAAUGGUUAAUUCAAUGGUAAAUUCAAUUCAAUGGUUAAUUUAUGUUUGGUUUUACCUUGAAACACAAAUAAGAAAAGUUCUCUCCAAAAAAAUUCAAAAAAUUUUGAUUGAGCUAAAACAAACGAGAGGCGCAUGGCAAAUGUAAUAAUAUUCGGGUAAAAUAACAAUACUACAAUACAUCUUUUUGACUGACCUAAGGGACGGACCAUUAGAAAAGUGAUUGGGGUUUAAGAGGCAAUAUUUUUUUUUGUACACCUAUAGAAGAAAUAUAUUUUUUUCUCACUUGAUGGUUGGAAAUAUUUUUUUUUUAAAGGGGCCCUACAGUAAUUUUUUAGUCAAGCAAGUAUUGUUUACAUUUUUUUGUUAUUGUCGCUACUUGACAUGCGCACCACAGUAUGCAUGCGUUUUCUGGUGUGCAAAAGUACUCGUACUCAUGGAUACUGCAUGUAAGAUACAGCCAAACGAAUCUCCGUGGAGUCCCCUACUUAAGGUGGCUUUCGACAGUAGGGCCCCUUACUGCCGAAAUUUAUAGGCCUAUUAGUGGUGUAGUCCUGGAAUGUUAACAAGGGGGGGGGGCUCUCCAAAGUGUCCUGAAUUGGCGGGAGGGGAGGGGAGGUACAAUAAGAUAUUUUGGAAAUUCUAAAUUUUGUUGGGGUUUAUUCUAGUAAUUCUGGGACAAACAUUUGACGUUAUUCUUAUUAAAAACAAGCCGAAGCGAGGGCCGAAGGCCCGAGGAAAUUUUUAAAUUUAGAGUCCCUGAAAUGCCAUUUCCUGGACUUUGGGGGAAGAUUUGACAGAAUUCUGAUGGUCAGAAAACAGCGUUUUAGUAUGUUGAAAUUUACAAUUUAGUGGUACUAAAUGAUAUAAAGAUUACAAAAAUGGCGAUAUAAAGAUUACAAAAAUCAUUAUUGUGUUAAAUGAUGAGUGAAAACGAGAUGCAAUUCUAAAGAACAUUCUCGUUUACUGAUAUUUUUGUGUGUGUUUUUGACGUUGUUAUUAAAGAUUAUGCAACGUGCCAAAAUAAAGGAGGGCUCAGCACGCUGGUCAUAUUCAGCAAAUUUUCUCCCAGGACCGCAGGCUCAUAUUGUCAGUGAACUUGCGGUGUAAAAUUGAAACUUUUGCAUUUUUCAGAGAACUGGCCACUUUCUGUAAGAUGUCCGCUGUCAAUACGAACCCGCACGAGUGGGAGAAAUUUUGCUAAAUUUGACCAACGUGCAGCCCCCAAGUCAACAUGAAAUUUCAACAAGGGGGCUCAGCCCCCCUGAUCCCUCCCUCCAGUACACCACUUGGCCUAUCUUCUAAGCAAGGAAUUUUUUUUUGCACUAUGCCUGGAAAGAUUUUUUUUUUCUUAAUUUUUUUCUGGGAAUAAUUUUUUUUUUUGGUUUUGCCCCACCCACCCCCAUCACUUUUCUA